CACAACACAACACUGUCGCCUCCAAUUUUUCUUUUGUCUCUCUUCUCUCUCUCCGCCUCCCUCCCUCUGUAGUCGUCGCAAGAGCGUCUCUCUCUCUCUCCGAUUCCACCUCUCCGAAACUCUCUCUUCUACCAAUUCUCUCUUCGAUCUUCUCAUGCGUCUUCCUCUGCUAUUGUAAUCCUUAAGCCGUAACAAGCUCGCUGGGCAGAGUCUUUCCGUCUCUGGGCAUCAAUCAGAUAUGGCUCUUCCGCUCGGGAAGCUCACCAUCCUCAUCGGUGCAGGUCUUGUUGGGUCAGUGCUUGCUAAAGAAGGGAGCUUACCUGAUGUAUCCCAUUUCGUCUUUGGUGCUUUUAAGAUUGUACUUAGGCAGCUGAAGCAAGAAGAACCUGCCAAAUCAGGCAGUAGGCCUCGCAAUGAUACUCUUACAGCACAGGUUAACAGUCUUAGGCACGAAUUACAGUUGCUGGCGUCAAACAGACCUAUUACUAUAAUCUCGACAGGAGGAUCAGGUGGUAAAAAGUAUGGUUGGAUCAUUAUUAUUGGGGUGAUAGGCUACGGCUAUGUAUGGUGGAAGGGCUGGAAACUUCCAGAUUUUAUGUUUGCGACAAGGCGCAGCUUAUCAGAUGCGUGUAAUAACGUUGGCAGCCAGAUCGAUGGGUUUUAUGAAUCCCUCUCGGGUACGAAGCGGGAGUUAGGUUCAGAAAUUGACAGGAUGGACCGUACUUUGGACGCAAGUACAAUUAUUAUUAAAGAAACAGGAAGAGAGGUGAAUGAACUACGGGAUGGUACAGCAAAUAUGAAGGAUGACGUUAGGUCUGUUUUCGAGGCUGUUGAAACUCUGGCAAGCAAAGUCCAUCGCAUUGAGGGAAAUCAGGAUCUCACGCUUAGAGGAGUUGGAGCUCUGCAUGCUCAGUGUCGGGAGCACAAAAGACUUCAAGAGUCCAAUAAGGCUUUGCCAUCGACUUCGUCUGUGCCAGCCCUUGAGCCAGCUCCUGUGACACCAUCACUAAGGUCUCUGUCUUUGCCUCCUGCUUCUCCCCGUGAAUCCCAGUUGCCGUCAACCCCUAAUGGAGCUCAACAGUCAAAUGGUCCACUUCAGCACACUCAGUCUAUGUCUGGUUUGAAGGAUAUAAACGAAAGCUCUAAUGGAACACCUUCUGGAGAAGCCAUGGGAAACACGAGUUCGGGCCUGUUUAGUAUGUUCUCAAUGCCAAGAAUAGGGAGGACUCGUAGUGCGGUGAACGCAGUGCCUGCAAACUUGACUGGAGCCCAAUAGUGUGGCUUGUCAAAUACUGAAGAGAGUUUGAUCAUUCAGAUAUAAAGAAAUCAAUAAACCAGGAUUAAGUGCUGGUAGAGAAUAUACAUUUUGCUGUGUUUAUGCUCGAUCCCUUGCUUAGUGGACAAAAGGUGCAUAAAUUUUGUAGGGGAUGCAGCUUUAUAUUUGAUUGGAAUAUAUUGUCACAAUUAAUCAGUUUGGUUGCUGCUCUGCCCUUUUGUAAUCAGUCUUUAUUAGCGGUCGACAGUGGUUUUGUCUGGCCCUCUCAUCCUUUUUUCCUUUUUGUAUUGAAACAAAAGGCUGGUCCAUUUGUCAAAUACUUUUGUUAUACCUACCAAAGUUUAACU